UACCAUCACAAACGUUCGAAAGAGGAGGGAAAAAAAACACUUAACGAGUUAGUUACUCGCAAAUUGCAGUGCAUUACCUUUACGUGUGAAAAAAAGGAAAAAAAACUGUCUACAUUUCUGCCUCGCAUCCCCCACUUGGUGACUCACAUUGCUGCGUUUGCUCCUUCGAAGGAGGGUUCAGAUUACACAAUCACGUGUUAAACCUGGAGAGGAACACCAAAGCGGUCGAACAGGCACAUCACAACUGCCUCUACACCUGCACGCGCAAAGCAGGUAGCGAAGACGGCACAAAUCCUGAAGAGGGAACAGCGGAAAGGAACGAGCAACCCAAGGAGAGGAAAAAUGGUCUCGGGGGUCAAGGUGUCAGACGAAUGCAUCUACGAAUUUAACAAGCUGAAAGUGAAGCACCUGCACAAGUACAUACUUUUUCGGAUCGAAAAUUGCGAAGAAAUCAUUGUAGAUGUGCUGCAGCAGGAUUCAGAUUUGAAGUCCUUCGAGGACAUCAUAAUGGACAUCAGAAAUAAUUUGAAGGCGACGGAAUGUAGAUACAUCAUCGCGGACAUGCCCAUCCACACCCCCGAGGGCGUAUUGCGGAACAGAAUUUACUUCAUCUUUUGGUCCCCCGAUUCUGCCAAGGCGAAGGAGAAAAUGCUCUACGCAGCAUCCAAAGAAUCGCUUGUUCAAAAAAUCAACGGCAUUUUCAAAAGCCUAGAAAUCACAUGCGACAUAGAGGAGUUCGAGGAGGAGUUGCGGGCGAUCAUUCUAAACACCUGAAUGGACUCAUCGGGGUUAUCCCCCCACGGAUUAAUACAAAAUGAUUAGUGCUGCCACGCCGAGGGAUUCCCACGUACCAUUGUGUA